CUCCUUUGCAACCUUUUUAUAAGUUUGAGUUGCUUGAUGUGUGUGUGUGUGUGUGUGUGUGUGUGUGUUUAUUUUGCUUUUUCAUCUCUCAACUUCGUUGUUGAAAUGUUGGAAAGGAAAAAUUCAUGUUGUUGUUGUUGUUGUUGUUGUGCUAUCUAUCUAUCCAUCCAUCCAACAAACAACAACGACUUACAACAUACCUAUGUAGGAGAAAGAGAUGAGAAUGAGAUAUAUAGCCAAGAUGGGGUUUUUUUUCUUUCUUUCUCUCCUACUACAAGAGAAACAAAAGUUAAAGCAAAAUUAAAAUCAAAAUCAAAGCAAAGCAAACUAUUCUCAAUUAAUUAA